UAGCUUUUUACAUUCACCACCAGAUACAUUAUUAUUAUAACUAUAGGUAAACAAUGUAAACAUUGUAAUUACCUUAAUUAAAUGCAAAAAAAUCAUUAAAAAAUUAUCUUUCAAUUUGUUUUAAUCUUAAUUGAUAUUUGAUAACCGACGAUACGAGUUCAAAGUAAUAGAUUCCACCGAAAUCGUUUUUAAGUAUGACCAGCUGCAUUCAAUGAUAAGGUUUAUCAAAACCGUACAUAUGUUUAUAUAAAACAAUCAAAAUAUAAAUUACCUACUUGUGUAAAUUCAAUUAUUCACUGCAUACAAUUUCAAGUAAUUAAAAACGACCCAAGGUUAAUUUGCGAUGGAAGUUAUGGAUAAAAUCGUCGUUCCUGAACCACAAUGGAUCCUGGAUAAGACCGGAAGUGGCCCGGCAUAUUGGAGAAGAGACGACGAAACUAAACAAAGAGUCAAGUUUCGCGAUGAUGUCGAGGUGAAGGAAUUCUGCAGGCCCGACCAUGAACUAGAAGAGGCUGACUGGGUCAACAACUUGCAGGGCAACAAUACUUUUACUGUUGGAGUCACCUGCGUGUUUUGUAUUGCUGUUACAGUAAUACUGCCUUGGUACAUACUCAUUGGAGGCAACUGAGUUAAUUCGUUUUCUUUUUGGAAAUCGGCUCAAAAUUUUCAGUAUUGUUCACGAAUCGCCGCCUUAGUGGGUGACGUGAGAUCAUGUUGUAAUUAAUAUAUUAGGUAUUUAUUAAUUGUAGCAAUUAAAGUUGAAAAAUGUGGCAACGCGUUGCAACGCAUGGAAUAUACCUAUUUACGGAGUUUCUACAUAUAUUAUUGUGAGAAGACAGGUCAUGAAAGAUGUGUUACUGUAAUUGAAAUAAAUUGUUAGUCAAAUAA